AUGGCCCUAUCUAGUCCAGAAUCACCUGUUCCGCCACGCCGGGUUGUAAUAAAUCGCACUGAAAACCCGAGCGAGGAGCACGAGGAGCUCAACAAGAUGGCGCACGGCGUUGUGGCAGAAAGUCGAAGGUUUGUACCCGUCGUUGGGUUUUCUUUUAUGUAGUAAGGUUUCGCUUGGUUGUGUUACUAAUGGAGGAAACUUAUUUAACUUAGAUAACUUACUGAAAUUUUAAAAUGUGGUUAUGCACACGAGCCCAAGCUUAGCUUGAUUUAUUUCAUGGCCAUAUGCAUUGUUUCUGUUUUUUUCAAACCCCACUUUAUGGACACCCGCUUAAUACGGACACCUCGUUAUUACAGACAGUUUGCUUUGUCCAUGGGGUAAGAAAACCCUUACAUUUUCUCUAAAUUCAACCUGCUUAUUAUGAACACCCCACUAAUACGGACAUUUUCUAUGGCCCCCUCAGUGUCCAGAAUAACAGGGUUCGACUGUACUGGUUUCACAACAACAGCAACAACAACAAAAACAAUAACAAUUUUUAUUGUACCUAAAGCAGAAUAUUAUAGUUAUUAAUUUUACAAGUUGGUAAAUAAAUCAAUUAACUAAAAGGGGUACUGACCUCUUGAAAUAACCAAUAAGUUCAAAAUGCCAAGAAGCCAGAUUCAGUAAAAUGAUUUAAAUAAGUUUAUUGUGCGGGGUAAAAUAUGGCAGCAUAUCAGACUGUAUACACAUAAACCAGAUAUACACAUAUACACUAGCGUGUAUAACUGUAAGAAGAGCGAAAAAGCAGGAUAGAAGUUACAAAGUACAAGAUAAUUGGCAAUAUUAGUACAGCGAAAGAUAAUGUUAUUUUAAUUUUGAUUUAAAUUGAGAAAGAGAAACAGCUUUAAUCUUUUCAUCAGUUGAGUUCACUGUGAAUGUCUGACAACCUUUCUGGUUUGUCUGGCUAAAGUGGUGACCUAGUUGGACAUAAUUAUACCCUUUCUAUUUAUAGAAAAUAAAGUAUUUUUAGGCCUGCUAUUCCAAACCAACUGUUAACUCACUUUUGUAGCACAAUAUAUGCCAUGCCACGUCAAGCUGUUUAAAUUCCAUGCUUGUUUUGUUUACAGUGAAGAUGUCUUCUCAAGCUAUGCUUGCAACUCAUUAAAUCAUAAAGGAAUUAAACAUCAUCCGGGGGAUAUUGUAGAAGCUGGUUGCUUGGCGGUAAGUAUGUAUACUACAUGUUUUUUGAAAUGGCUUGAAAAUCAAACCAAAUUUGUCCCUAGUGUGGUUAAACAAGCAUUAGACCUUGUUUGAGUCAGAAUUUUCGUUGUUUCCUAGCCUCAACAAAGAGAAGUCAUUAAGUCAUAUUGCCAUUCUUAUUAGCAAAAUUCCUGGAUCUCAACAAACUGUGGCCCCGCAAUUAUAUGGGAGAAAAAAAUACAACUGUAUGACUUUCCUAUGAUUGCACUUAGGACUUUUCUUUCAUCAUUCGACAACACAAAUCAUGAAGUGGUCAUUUCUGUCUUGAAAGAAGGACUGUUGAGAUCCAGAAAUCUUGUUGGUAAAGUGAUAUCACGCUUUUCUCAAUUAUUUGUAGGGGACAAAGAUGAUAUAUUAUCUGAGAACAGUUUAUUCUCACAAUGUUCAACUGUCUGCGCGAUUGAUAUUUUUGUUUUUUGAAAAGUUGUUUCAUUUUGCAGUUUUUACUGAUGAUUAUCUUUUUAAAGUAAAUUCACAAUAAUAAUGUAUGUUCCCUCUCUUUUCUAGGCACAGCAGCUACCACGAGCUAAAUACCAGUUGUUUAAAUCGCUUCCACAAGAUUUAGUAGAGACAGGUGAUGAUAAUUGA